GGUGCUACCCAGAGUCAUGCUGAUGACAGUACUGUUAAUGGUUCUGUGUCCAUCAGGGUGCUACCCAGAGUCAUGCUGAUGAGACGGCCCAUAGACCAGGACGGCAAGGGCCUAUGUUCAGACAGCGGGGAGGAGAGAGGAGCAGGAGGAGGAGGAGGAGGAGGUGGAGGAGGGAAAGGAGGAAAGAAGAGGAAGAAUAGUCUGACGGGAGGGAACUGCCUGGAGUUCGGAGACAACAAACUGACUGAGGGAGGAUGUGGAGAAAGAGGGGGAAAGAAGUGCCCUUGCCCCUGCCAACAUGGGAAGGAGACCCUGGAGACAACAGAUCCGGGGAAACUGAGCCGCCAGCUGAGUCCUCAGAGCAUCAACACGGUGGUGGCCUUCUCCGUCCUGUCCCCGGAGAUUAAACAGGCCAUCGAGAGCGUCAAGUACAUCGCUGAGAACAUGAGGAGCCGCAACAAGGCCAAAGAGGUGGAGGAUGAUUGGAAGUACGUUGCCAUGGUGAUAGACAGAAUCUUCCUGUGGGUGUUUGUGACAGUGUGCAUCCUCGGAACCCUCGGCCUCUUCCUGCAGCCUGUCAUUGGCUUCCUGUCAUAACCCGGAACCAAUAAGGGCUCGCUGACACCACCGGCUGCCUCCACGUGUCGACCAGUCACCAGUCAGUGUUGUCAGUCCAUCGCCACCGAAUGGACUUGUUGGCUUUGUGUUGAAAAUUCUAAAUAAAUAAAUGACACAAUCAUACUGUAUAUAUUGUAGACAGCAAGAACCAAUCGGAGUCGCCGGGUAUGAGUUAGAACCAAGAACCAAUCAGAGUCGCUGGAUGUGAGUCAUAACCAAUUACCAAUCACAUAAAUCAGGAUUCUGUCGUGAACCAAUCCCGGUUAUUGUGCUAUUGUGUCUCAACCAAUCAGAUUGACAUGACACAGUGCAUUCUUGUAAAAAAAACUACAACCAACCAAUCAGAAAUCCCGUUCUUGCCGGUCAGGCGAUUAGAAUCCAUCCAUGUGAUUGAGAACACGACAACGACGCUGUUCUUAUCAACGUUCCAGAAGGUAUAAUUGGCAAGGCCUCUGUAAAUACGUGCAGGAUUAAAUUAGCCUGAACGGUUUCCAUCCAGAAAUAGCAGCUUCCUCUUCUAUACAGAUAUUAAUUCAUCUGAGGGAUUUCUAUCAUCCGAUUCCAUGACUAUUCAUUUGUGUUUUUUAUUCAUUCUUUUUAAUUACAUUUGUGGAUUCAACGAUCUCCUGAAAUACAAUACGUAGAUCAUGCAUGAUGGAUUUAGAUUGGCUGCUUCCCAAUUGGCACACUAUACACUACAUAGUGCAUUGCUUUUGACAGAGCCCUGUGGGCAGCACUAUGUUCCCUGGCCACAAAUAGUGCACUAUAUAGGGAAUAGGGUGCCAUUUGGGAUGCAGACAAUGGGUGACCAGGGUCUCUGCAUCUAUAUAUAAUUACUAUAAGACAAUUCUAUAAUAAUUAUAAUUAUAUUACUAUAGAGUACUGUCAGAUUUUAGGAUAACAGUUUUUUUUGUAUGGUUAUUGUCAUUAAUCCAACGCAUUAAGGCUUUUCAUUGUUUGUUUAAUUAGCAAUGCACACCUCGCACUCAAGUGACUGUCACUUUGGUACCGAUGUCUCCUGCUUUCUGUAUAGUAUGGAUGCACUACUUUAUGGAUUUGGAAUAAAUGCAAUAUU